AUUUCACUAACCUUCCAUAGCAAGUGAAAAUAACUCUCAGGCUCCUCGUAAGACAACAAGACGUCAUGGCGUUCGCUAAUAGAAGUCGAGCCUUAUGGAGGGUUUUUAUUGGGUGGUUCUCACUCAUUACAAUAGAACCAAUGUUGUUUCUGAGGAAUGUGUCAGCCGCUAUAGAGAGUGUCGUGGGCAACACCCUGAAGAUUGAGAGGUUUUGUCGUAUACGUUGUAAUGGACUCCCGGACGACUGCAGCCAUCUGACUGACGGACACCAUAAGGAUCUUCAAAUACAGGUGCAGCAGUACACUAACCUCUACCUGUUAUACGAAAAAUUUUUCUCGAUGGCAGUACCCAUGUUGCUCAUCGGAACAAUCGCCUCGUGGAGUGAUCAGCGAGGGAGGCGAGUACCACUUGUUCUAACGCAAACUGGGAUGGCUCUCAGUACCGUUGUUUACUUACUGGAGGCGCUCUUCCCUUCGUGGCCUCCUGAAGUUCUCCUCGGGGCAGCCUUCCUGGAGGGCAUGGGAGGAGGGCUGGUGAUGUUCUACAUGGCCGUCUACAGCUACAUGGCCGACGUCACCAGCAGCAAGGCGAGGACUUUACGGAUGAUUGUCGUCACCGUGUUCUGGGAACUUGGCACUCCUGUUGGCACAGCUCUUGGUGCCGUGCUUUACAACAUUGGCGGUUUCGUGUUAGUGUUUGGCGUGAGUUUGCUUAUAUCAGUUGUCUGCAUUAUUUAUGCUGCUGUGAAAGUCAAAGACAAAAUCCCCGAACAGGAAGACAGGAAUGGUCCGUCAACUCGGCGAAGGAAACCCUAUGACCCGAGGAACAUUAUAGACGUUGGUGUUGUGUGUUUCAAAAAGCGACCAAGACGUGGCCGAGCACACAUCCUCGUGAUGAUCACGGUCAUGUCGUUCCUCAUGAGCGACAACUCGCACAACGAAUAUCUGUGGGUCCGCAGAGUACUGCUCUGGAACCAAGAUCAAUAUAGUCUUUAUUUAACCGUCAGUAAAGUGGUGAAGCAAGCUCUCCUUAUGGUCGCCAUUGUACUCCUGCUUCAGUUGGGUGUUGAGGACUGCCUGGUAGGUGCCACUGCUGAGGUACUCUGUGUCACCAGACUUAUAGCCUUGGGCUGGACGACUAAACCGAGUGAGUGGUGGGUCCUUUUACUGGUCCCUCUUGAUGUGCACAACAUGGCGAAAGUGAGCGCCAGGAGCGUCCUCUCAAAGCUGUGUCGACCAGACGAGGUGGGUCGUGUUUUUUCCGUCAUGGGCAUCGGGGAGAUGUUAUGGUCGUUUUUCGACAGGUUCCUCUUCACCGCCGUCUACAGCACCACCCUCGCCUUCUACCCCUCCUACGAGCACCUGGUGGCUGCCGUGUUCGCCUUCCUCGCCCUGGUUGGGUUCCUGGGCGUGUCUUAUUCAAUGGCGGCUACUGGUCAAUGCUUGUAUUUACCCCGGGAUGAAAGGCCUAACGAGGUGAUGGAGAAUGACAUCGAGGAGAACAACGAGAGAGAAAUAAAAUGAAACUGAGGACAGGAACACAAACAAACACGGCCAUCCAGUGAGGUCACAAGAAUGUUUACAAGACCAGCUCCCACAGUACCAGAUCUGU